CCGGUUGAGGAUGGUGCACGCCGCGAAGGAGAGAGCGCGAGGCAGUGAAGAUAAGAAAAACUAGGUUAGUGCUCCCUCAACAACGAAAAACAUGUUGUACUUAGGGCCUUACGCCAGUAGGCAUUUACUUCUAGUUGUUCACUUGUCAGUUGCUUGCGCAUUAGUCAAGAGUUAGCAGGGUUGGCAUCCCCUGCGCUCGUGCCUUGUAGGUAGGCGUAUAAGAGUGGGACGGUUGGCAGCCGGUGGAGGUUUAUAUAAAACUCUUAAUCCGCCUCCUUUACUCCUAGGGUUCAGCUUUUUAGAAUCGGCAGGUUCGUAGGCAAUUAGUGCGCUGUAUUAUAAGGAGGUAACCGGACUCCACCUGCCGUCGGUUUGCGAACCGGAUAAAGCUGAGGCCGCUCAUUUAGUAGCCCCGGGAUACAAAAAAAAAAAAAAUGUUUCUUUCGUGAGGCCCUUGAAUCUUGAAUCUUGACACAUUGAUGAAAAUGUGAUGAAGAUGAAGGUCUCUCUUUUCAUUUUGAGCUGGUUAACAUUCGCUUUUCAUUCACCUCUAUUCGUAUUCAUUGAUCGUUGGCAGUGCGCACAAUUGCGGUCACUGGAGUCGCAUCGAUGAUUCGAGGUAGCAAUACAUACGAAGCUAAGCUUUAUCGAGAAAAACUCGCCUGUCGCGGGAGAUCCACACUCGAUGCCGCAAGUACCGGCUUCGUCCCUGCUCUCUGAAUAAACUGAUGUGCAUUCGAAAAACAAGAAAAAUGCCCAAGAGAAAAAAGCGCUUGUAAUGCGUAGAACCAAAUAGCAGAAGUAAUGGUAUUCUUCUUCCCUUAACAUAAACAUCAUCCCAGCAAAAGGAUAGAGUUUCUAGGCUGAAACGAAUUCAAUAUAGAAAAGAAGAAGAGUAAUAUAGGCUAUCUAAGACAUCAACAAAGCAUCAAAAGGAUGGUAGAAGUCGACAAGAGUAUCGAAACAUCGCGUGCGGAGGCGGUCGCACGACUCCAAAUGGAGAUGGAGCAUAGCACGAACGGCGCCGCCUUGCCACAUUUUGUCAUUCGAUCCAACAAGAACAGCAAGGCAAGCUCGUCUUCAGCCGGAAAUAGCAAGGCGGGUUAUUACAAGACGCAACAGUUUUCGUGCCCUAAAACUGGCGGACCUCGAUUUUUCAGCGGCGAUCGCGGUGCGGAAGUUGCUCCUAUUAGCGCACGUGUGCGUGCGCGCACCUGCCUCCGACGCGAGGAGGAUGUCGCAGUACAUGUUGACAAUGGUGUGGGCCCUAGCAUAUGUGCCAGCGGCUCCGAACAAGAACCUGGAACCAGUAAGGUGUCUUUGGCGUCUGUAGGCUCCUAUGCAACGAGCAGUCGUUCAUGCAGGCCCAUAGCGAGGACCCGAAUCCAAUUGUCGGUCGAAAACCGAGGUGGAGAGGAAUCAGUCAGGAGCCUUUUAGGCGGCCAGGCUGGGAGGACAGCGCUUGCAGCAAAGGGAAAGGUAUUUUUUGGCUUUCGAGUACUACGGCCAUUUUUCCUGAUGCUUCCAUCAACUUGGGACAAGGAAGCAAGUACCAGUGGCGAAUGAAUUUAGAUGAUUAAAGCUAGGUCUAUGUUUCAGGUUGCUUUCAAUUUUUCAUCUCAGGUAUCAUUCUUCAAUCCACCGACGCGUGCAGCCUACAACUUUCAUCCAGAAUUGGAGGGCCGUACCCUGCAGUUCUCAGUCUCUUGUGAGGGCAGGUACUCUUACGAAUGGUGCAAUGAUCAUCAGCAAGGAUACCAGAAUUUUCCUUCAUGUGCGUUCUCAUUAACCAGGCUGCAGAACUACAAAAAAGGGUGAGAACGAGAGUCAACUAUAUCUAUAGUAAAGCGACCGAAUGAAAAUAACAUCAGGUCCCUCGUUCUGGUUUACCAUCUCUUUGAUGAGACGCUGUCAGUGAUUGUUCCCGAAGCAGUUAGCAAGGACGGUUGGGAGUCAAUCGAUGCCCGUGGCAGUGUCUUGAAGCGAGGACGCUAUCCUAUUGGCCGUGCUGAUACGCCUUUCAGUGUGGGAAACACUGUAACUAGGUUUUUCAAGCCAGAAGACUUGCGCUGCAGCCUCGGUAAGGAGGUCGACAUCGGAGGCUACAAAUACAAACUUCUCGACAUGUGUCCGUUUACGAAGAAGUACUUUUCACCAACUAAUCACAGCGAGGGGAAAAGCCAAGAACAGGUGGAGAGUCAGCAAGCGCUUGGGGCAGAGGAUGGUCUUGUCGUGAAGGAAGACUCCGCUGAUGCCGAUGAAAGCACGCAAACGCUGCCGGAAACGACAACGACUGCAACGUCCGAGCAACCACCGAGUAAGAACAAAUACUUGGCACCGGGAGUAUCCGAGACCGCCCUUCAGCAGAUCCUGAAAGAUCUUCUCACAGGCUUGCAGCAAGGAAACCCCCGUACCCUGUUCCGACAAUUCGACAAGACCAAAGACAAUCGACUUUGCUUCCGAGACUUUCAGGUAAUUGCGAUGUUCCGACAAGCAUCAAAGAAAAAGAAAUCAAUCUACCAUUAUGAUUAUUUCUUGUAGGAUAACUAGUCGUGGUGCUGACGCUCGCAGGAUUAUGCUGCAUUAUCAUCAUAAGUACGUGCUAUGUAUGUCAAAGAGGACAAAGCGACUCCAAAGCUUUUCCUUCAUAAAAAAUCCAGGGCCUCUUGUAUGCCUACCGGUUCCGUGUGGCCGAUAUCGAUGCGUGUCGGUUAUUCCAGUUCUUUUGCAACGGUGGAUCCUCAUCGUCGUCCGCUUCAACUGCUGGCGAAAAGGACAACGAGGUCAGCGAUAGUGCCUCAACCUCCACUUGCUCCGCAGCUGCCAAGCGAGACAGGCAUAACAGUUCUAUCUUUGCUGGCGAAGCCUCUGUUCACGAUGAUACAGCGCAGGAGCAGGCGGCUACAUCAACGACGAGUAUCAACUUUGAGACGUUUUUGGCGGUUUUGCACCGAGAUUAUGCUAGUCGAGCAGGACACCUGCUUCGUGUGCCCGCGUUUUCGUCCACGUUUCUCGACGAGGCGCAUAAAGAGGUCGCCGACAACGCAAAUAAGGCACAGGUCAAAGCCAAAGUUCAGUAUGCGGCUGAACUGUUAUCCAGGUCCGCGCGUCGUCCGAUUAUCCAGCGCCGCUUUCGCGAGGAAUACGCCCAAAAGGGAUCGGCGCUUGUCGACUCGACAGCUGUUGCAUGGGCGUUUAACGAUCCGGCUUUGAGUAUGACAGAUUGCGACGCAAUCCUCAACUUCCUUUACAGCUCGAAGAGUAACUCUCAAAAGCCGAGCAUUUCGUUCGUCAAGUUCGUCGCAGAUCUCGAGAAAGCCUACUUAGAAGUACCCCACAUGAGGAGUUAGACGUCAAAAUGCUUUUCAAGAAUUUACUUGGCAUUCUUAGAAAGUACUAGAACGAGUGUAAAUAUGUUCUCGAAACUCAAAAGAUAGAUCUUGAGACGAAAUGAACAACAUGAACAUCCCUUGACGAGCACGAGACUACCACUAAUCGCUAAUAAAUGAACUUUUCUAUUAUCCAAACACGAACUGCACCUGCGUAGAUGUUGACACAAAUACUGGAAUACAAACGUACACUUGCUUAAAGACUUUGAAGUUUCCCCUUGGUGUAGAAGUUGAAUAGGUCGAGCGAAACGUAUCUCCCAUCCUCCUCCCCAAGAAAACCGACGAUAUGAAAACGAGAAUCAUGAAGUAUAGAUCGGAUAUUUAUGAGAAUUAGAAACUGAAUUUUCUGUAAAUCUGAAACCCAUUAUGUUUGCUUCUCCAAAAUGCAAACCGAGAUAAACGUAGAAGACGAGCUUAAUGCUAUUCAGGCUAUUGCUAUCCCAGAGAAAUAAUAAUUAUAAUGAACGGACCCCACCGAUUGACCAUCCUAUCAGAGCUCUUUUUCUAUCUUGCACGCAAACCUGAACUUUUUUUCUUUUCAUGUCUCUUCUUGGAGAUUGAUCCAGAGCUGGUUUUCUAAUUAUAAGGUUGAACAAGUUAAUGAAAAGAUUGAAGGUUGAACAUGAAACUGUCGAAUGAAAAGAUUGUAAGGGAUAAUUCCUUCUGUGGUCCCAGUAAGAUUAGUUCUUAAUGUACAGCAGCGGGCUACACCUACAGCUCGUCUUGUAGAUGAUUUUCUUCAAAGAAUAUAGUCCAAUGAAGAACAGGUCAAAUAACAUGUUGCAGCAUUUGAUGCAGACACUUAACUUAUUAUUUACUUCUCCACCCUGCUAUUAAGUCUAAGAUCGAUAUUUAUAAUAUAUAUAUAGAUUCUUAUGGUUCUUCAUAAAUGUCCAAGUGAAUAUCGAAGCCUCAACCACGUGCCCUCGAUGGUAUUUUUUAAUAAUGACCGAAACACGAGAAGUACGAUUCUCAAAGUCUCCUGGAAAUGAACAGAAAGUCUGAAGAAAACUGAUUGAGGUAUGUAGUGAGGACUAAACAAGUCAUGGUCAUACGCGAUCCAAACUUGAGGAAAAGGAAGACCAAAUCAAUGCGACGACUUCUGAUGGAGCCAGCUGCUGCAGUUUGAAAAU